AUACAUGGGGAAAAGGGGAAAGGUUUAUCGGCGUGUGUUAGUGCGUUUUCUAUGUUCCUAUACUUGCAUACUGAACAUGUGCAUUUCUCAGUCAGUGUCAUAAAGUGAAAUAUAAGGGCUGUGCAAAAAGAUUGAAGCCAUAAGGGCUGUGCAAAAAUAUUAAACCAUGAGGGCUGUGCAAAAAUAUUAAAGCCGUAAGGGCUGUGCAAAAAUAUUAAACAAUGAGGGCUGUGCAAAUACGACUAAAGCCACAGCAGUGUGCGAGGUCCCGGAAGUAGAACACGGGCGUUGUGUUUAUUUUGAAUGAAAGAGACGCGUUUAGGAUCUGGCUAAGAUAAUCGAUUGUAUCCUGAAAGGAUGACUGUUGCUUCUCCUGUGAGACCUUUCUCAUAAUGAACUUCGAAGGUCUGGACCCAGGCUUGGGCGAAUACUCGCCCGGCCUGCAUGGUAGUUUGGAGCCCGGCCUGGAGUCCAGUCUUGACUCGCGGCUCGACCCAGCACUGCUUCAGGGAGUGGAUCUGAACCCCGACGCUAUGGCCGUACCUGUGUCCGAGUCGGUGCACCUCCUGGAGGGCAUGUACUCAGAGCUGCACAGCGUGGCAGCGGAGGUCGGCAUCCCCGUCACGUCGGCGCACUUCGACCUGCAGGAAGAGCUUCUGUGGAUGGGGAACCACCGGGGGCAUGCAAGCUCCUUCUUUGGUCCUACGAUGGGCCGCUAUUCAUCGUUCCAGGUGCACCUGACGGAUGAUAUUCGCCACAUGCAGAGCAUGGACACGGGCAUCGUGUUUCUGACCAAGAGUAACCUCAAGUGCCUCACACGUGGUGGCCUCGUCAUGUUCGACUAUCCAAUGGAAGAGGGUGCUGAUAUGCACAGCUUGCUGCUCACAGACAAUAACACCCUUCUCCUGGGUGGCUUACAGAACUACGUGGCUGAGGUGGAUCUGAACACUGUGCAGGAGACACAAAAAUUCACGGUGGAGGUCCCGGGUGUGGCUAUCAUGAGACAGUCCAGCCGUUUUUUCUUUUGCGGUCACACGUCUGGCAAAGUGUCUUUGAGAGAUCUGCGCACAUUUAAACUGGAGCAUGAGUUUGACGCGUUCUCCGGCAGCCUGUCGGAUUUCGACGUCCAUGGGAACCUGCUGGCGGCCUGUGGCUUCUCCAGCCGCGGCCUCGGUGGCCUCUCCUGCGACCGCUUCCUCAUGGUGUACGACCUGCGCAUGAUGCGGGCGGUCACCCCACUGCAGGUGCACGUGGACCCCCUGUUUCUCCGGUUCAUCCCCACUUACACCUCUCGCCUAGCCAUCAUCUCCCAGACAGGUCAGUGUCAGUUCUGCGAGCCCACAGGCCUGGCCAGUCUGGCUGACGUCUUCCACGUGAACACGGUGGGCCAGUUGCUCAUGAGCUUCGAUGUGUCAUCCAGCAAGCAGGCCCUGGCUUUUGGAGACUCGGGUGGCUGUGUGCACCUGUGGUCCAGUGCCCCAGAGGUCUCCUUCAAUGACUACUCGCGGGAGACAGAGCUGGUUCUCCCCUGCCUAGUGGACUCUUUGCCUGAGCUGGACUGGAACCAUGAACUGGUGCCCCUGUCUCUGGUGCCCCUGCCCCUCACCAGCACCGAGCCCUUGCUGUCGGACUGGCCCAGCAACCUCGCCACCCCCAGUCCCAGACGAGCGCCUCCAGUGGACCCAGAGAUCCUGAGGAUGAUGAAGACAGUUGGGUUUAUUGGAUAUGCCCCGAACCCUCGCACACGCCCCAGAAAUCAGGUCCCCUACAAAAUAAAGGAGGUAGAGCUUGAGUAUGACAGCUAUAACCAAGUUCCCGAGUCUCCCAUUGGCCGAGAUGAGGAGCCUCAUCUUUACAUGGUGCCAAAGAAGUACAGAAAGGUCACCAUCAAGUACUCCAAACUUGGUCUGGAGGACUUUGACUUCAAGCAUUACAACAGAACGCUGUUUGCUGGACUGGAGCCCCAUAUACCCAACGCUUACUGUAACUGCAUGAUCCAGGUGUUGUACUUCCUGGAGCCUAUCAGGUGCCUGGUGCAGAAUCACCUGUGUCAGAAGGAGUUCUGCUUGGCCUGUGAGCUUGGCUUCCUCUUCCACAUGCUGGACCUGAGUCGAGGAGACCCUUGCCAGGCCAGUAAUUUCCUACGGGCCUUCCGGACCAUCCCGGAAGCGUCGGCGCUGGGCCUGAUCCUAGCCGACUCAGACGAGCAGACGGGCAAAGCAAGACUGGGCCGUCUUAUCCAGAGCUGGAACCGCUUCAUCCUCACACAGCUGCACCAGGAGACACAGGAGCAGGAAGGGCCCCAGGCGUACAGGGGCACCAGCAGCAGUGCGCUUGGCUCAACUGGGGAGUCUGUGAUUGGCAGGCUGUUCGGCUGUGAGGUGGAGAACAGCAGUCUGUGUCGCUGUGGGAAGGAGACAGUCCGCUCCUCACUCACGCUCCUCUUCACCAUGCACUACCCCGAGCACGGCUCCCUCGAAAAAGUGGUCCAGGAAUAUGACUUUACUGAGAUUUUGAAGAAAAGCAUCUGUCUGGAACAGAGCACACAAGCCUGGUGUGAAAACUGUGAGAAAUAUCAGCCCACAGUGCAGACGCGGAACAUCCGCUGCUUGCCUGAUGUACUGGUGAUAAACUGUGAGGUGAACAGUUUUAAAGAGGCAGAGUUCUGGAAGGCCCAAGCAGAGUACGCAUUUAACAAAGCUCUAAAGAAAGAGGCAACCGAACCGCCAAAGCCCAAGGAACCUCUGCCUACCGAGUGGUGUAUAGAGGAUGAGCUUGGCGGCGUGGAGGGCCUGACCUUUGACACGUGCGCUGAGGACAUGAGGCACGUGUGGAUCCCGCUCUGCAUCAGAAUGCGUAUCAGUAAGACCCACGGUUUGGAGGUGUGCAGCCGGCCCGAGGCUGAAGAGUUAAGCUCAGAGGAGGAGGCAGGGGCCGCUGUUGUCUAUGACCUGGUGGUCACUGUGCCCCACAUCCUAGAUGCCCGCACGGGGGGAAACCUAGUGGCCCAUAUCAAAGUGGGCGAGACCUACCACCAGAGAAAAGAGGGAGUAACUCAUCAGCAGUGGUAUCUCUUUAAUGACUUCUUGAUUGAGCCCAUUGACAAGACUGAAGCAGCUCAGUUUGAUGUGAGCUGGAAGGUGCCCGCUAUCAUUUACUAUGCCAAGAGGAACUACCACUCCAAAUAUGACUUGCGCAUUAAAAACCCCAUUGAAGCAAGUGUACUGCUGACAGAAGCCUCGCUCGCUCGUAAGCAGAGGAAGAGUCAUGCCACCUUCAUCCCCCUGAUGGUCAGCGAGAUGCCCCAGCCGGGAGACCUCGUGGGCCUGGAUGCAGAGUUUGUCACACUCAAUCAGGAAGAGGCGGAGCUUCGGAGUGAUGGCACCAAGUCAACCAUUAAGCCCAGUCAGAUGUCUGUGGCCCGUAUCACCUGUGUGAGGGGACAGGGCACUAAUGAGGGAGUUCCUUUCAUUGAUGACUACAUUUCAACACAGGAGCAGGUGGUUGACUACUUGACCCAAUACUCAGGCAUCAAACCUGGUGACCUGGAUGCCAAGAUUUCCUCUAAACACUUAACGACUCUGAAGUCUACUUAUCUCAAGCUCCGCUUCCUGAUCGACACAGGAGUACGUUUCGUUGGACACGGGUUACAGAAGGACUUCCGGGUCAUAAACUUGUUGGUUCUGAAGGACCAGGUGAUAGAUACUGUCUACCUCUUCCACAUGCCCCGGAAAAGGAUGAUCUCACUGCGUUUUCUUGCCUGGUACUUCCUCGAUCUAAACAUUCAGAGUGAGACCCAUGACAGUAUAGAAGAUGCCAGAACUGCCCUGCAGCUGUACAGGAAGUAUUUGGAGCUGAGCCGAGCAGGACAGGAUGAGUUCCGGAAGGUUCUGAAGGGGUUGUACGAGAAAGGACGUAAGCUGGACUGGAAGGUGCCAGAGUCAGACUCCACAGAUGGUCAGGGUAGCCCGAAAGGUGCCGCUGCAUUCUCCUCUGUGCUGGGCUUAUGAUCAGACUGCACAUUGCUUGGCGACUGUGACAUUCCUACUGCAGGGACUGCGUUCUUCACUUGUCCACCUGGGACUCCUCAGCAUCGCUCACAUCCUGCCUACGCUUCAGCAGUGUGCCUCUUGUGUAGCUCUUGCAAAUGCUUAAAAAACCGAGACAUCGGCACAACAAAAAGCUAUGUGUUCUGGCGAGGGCUUGACCGUGUGUGUGUGUGUGCGUAGUGUGUGUGCGUGCGUGUGUGCGUGCGUGUGUGCGUGCGUGCGUGCGUGCGUGUGUGCGUGCGUGUGUGCGUGCGUGUGUGCGUGCGUGUGUGUGUACUUUGAAAGCAGUAUGACAGAGAAGGAAGACAUGAUGCUGUUUUACAAGGAGGAAAAACAGAACUGAAACUUAACCAAAAUUUACAGACAGUACAGUAUUUUUCACACCACAUUAUAGGACUUAUACUCACUCAAAUGGCCAACACUGCACAUACUUACAUCUGUUCUUGUUAAUUCACUACCGUAUGGUAUUGGUGGACUGCUGCAGUCAUUUCAUGUUGGGGAAACUGGUGUCCUUUUUCACGAAUAAGCAUUUAAAUACAGAGACAUAAAUGUGUUCUCAAUCAACACUGCAUUUUGAUAGUUAGAGAUACCUAUGCAUCUUUUUAUAAUAGAAGUUUUAAGAUUAUGUAUAUGGAUACAUUUUUGGAAAUCACAUCAAUUUCCCCAAAAUGUGUCCAUAUGCAUGAUCCAAGUUUUUUGAUGUUUUAAACAGAUUUGUUUUGACUGGGCAGCAUCCAAACUACACCAUGAGGUCAGAAAGCUUAUCAUGAGCAAACUGAGCUUGCAGAUACUGGCACAAUUCUGCACUAGUGUUUCCUAAACUGAUAUUCCUGUGGUGGCAAACAUUGCACUUACUGAAUUCUGUGGCUCAAGAGAUCAGUUAGGAAAUGAAAUAGUAUUUGUGUUUGUUUGUUUUUGUAACCAAGUAAUGUACACUUUGAUAAGGCAGCUGAAUAAAAUGAUUGAUUAUUUGGGUUAUUGUACA